GUAACUCUUAUACCAAAUGAAAGACGGUUAACAAAACAUCGCGAUUGUAACUUCAUGUUAUUACGAACAUUACACAUAAGCAACAGUAAACAGCGAGGUCGUUUAACAGUAACAACCGUACCGUAUGCCCAUUGUUGUACUUCCCUCGAAACGUUAACAUUUUCACGUGUCGUCUGUGACAAUGUCAACAUGUAGGCAAGUGGGGGUGCUGGUCGCGUGAGUGGGUGAUCAGUCGGUCUCCGCGAGUGAGAGGCGCGGGCGUCAUACACCGAUUCGCCGGCCUCAUAAAACAACUUUCGGAAACAAUAUUAACUUUAUUACAUCAGAAAUAAAGUGCAUUAUCCUGUGGUGAUAACAGUGAUCCGUGUAGUUUUGUGAUUGUGUUAAAAUGACCGAGGACAACACUAUGAGCGAUGAUUUGAAACGUCAAGCUGCUAUGUUUUACAAUUCAACAGAAAGAGAAAAAACAAAAGAGCAGUCAUCAUGGCGCUUCUGGCAGAAGAGACGGCUGUUGGUCGCUCUGCUAGCGUUCUUCGGCUUCUUCAACUGCUACGCGCUGCGGGUAAACCUCUCUGUCGCAGUCGUCGCCAUGACUGAGCCUGUGGAAACGGAGCUAGACAACGGGACCAUUAUUUAUGUGCCCGAAUUCGACUGGAGUUCCCAAACCAAGGGUCUGGUGUUGAGUUCGUUCUUCUACGGGUACUUGGUGACGCAGCUGCCCGGCGGCUGGCUCGCGGCUAAGAUCGGAGGUAACAGGGUGUUCGCAAUCGGUAUCGGCGCGACUUCUCUACUGACCCUGUUUACACCGCCCCUCGCUCACACCAGCACUGCGCUUUUAAUCGCCGUUAGAAUCGUAGAAGGCCUUUUUGAGGGUGUGACAUACCCAUGUAUCCACGCGGUAUGGUCUCGGUGGGCGCCGGCGUCGGAGCGCGCGCGGCUGGCCACAUUCGCGUUCAGCGGCAGCUACGCCGGGACAGUGGUCUCCAUGCCGCUCUGCUCUCUUCUCGCGCACUACACAGGCUGGCCGGGGAUAUUCUACGUCUUUGGUAUCCUGGGCUUAGUAUGGACUACAAUAUGGUGGCUGGUCGUGAAGGAAUCACCGGAGAAAGACCCACAUAUAACCGCAGCAGAACUUAAAUAUAUACAGGAGUCUCGUGGAACGCAAACUGUGGAGGGGGCACAGCUGCGCCACCCCUGGUGUGCCAUGCUCACCUCCCCACCCGUUUGGGCCAUCGUCGUCGCCCACUUCAGUGAGAACUGGGGCUUUUAUACACUUCUUACAUUCCUACCUACAUUUAUGAAAGACGUGUUCAAGUUCGAGACGUCGUCAGCGGGCUGGGUGUCAGCUCUGCCGUACCUCGCGAUGGCGCUGGUGCUGCAGGUGGCAGGACACCUCGCUGACUGUCUGCUGCGUCGCGGCACCUUCUCCCGCACCAACAUACGUAAGAUCUUCAACUGCGGAGCAUUUCUAUCUCAGACAAUUUUCAUGGUGGCAGCUGCGUAUUCAAGUAAUGUGGUUGCCUGCGUUGUGUUCCUCACCAUUGCUGUUGGUUUGGGAGGAUUCGCUUGGUCCGGUUUUAGUGUAAAUCACUUAGACAUCGCACCACCUCAUGCGAGUGUAUUAAUGGGUUUAUCAAACACAGUGGCAACUCUGCCAGGCAUCAUCAGCCCACCUCUGGCAGGUGCCAUUGUCACUGACAGGACAGCAGAGCAAUGGCGGAUCGUAUUCUUUAUAUCAAGCGGUAUUUACUUAGUGGGAGCUAUUAUUUACGGCUGGUUGUGUUCCGCUGAACGUCAACCCUGGGUUGCUGAAUGCGAGGACGCAAGCUUCAGCACAGAUGGCGCCUCCGUCACCACAGCACGGGGCAUAGACAACAAGGCUAUGGAUCAUACCGAAAUGUAAACACCAUAGACGAUCAUAGACAACAGACUAGUUAAAAUAGAACCACAGACAACAAAUAACAAAGCAGUAAAGUAACAGACCCUUAUGGUUUUCUCUUA